AUGUCUGGGCUCGAGGUUCUUGGGGUGGUUGCCAGCAUACUCCAGAUUGCGGACCUUGGUGCCAAAUUAUCAGUCAAGCUCUGUACAUUUUACCGGACUGUCAAGGUCGCAAACCAAUCUAUGCAAGAACUUUCCUGCGACGUGUCACUCACCUGCAGCAUUCUGAACGAGCUCGCCAAAACGCUCGAGCAGGACGACCAGGCGAAGCUUUGUUCGGAGCAGGCCUUUCGCAUUGCACAAGAAGUCUUGAAGGAAUGUAAAGCAGUCUUCCAACAAAUUGAAAACGGUAUCGAAAAACAUACUCAAGAUGGUGAAAAAAGUCGCUUUGCUCGUGGGGCCCGGAAAGUAACCAUUGCACUCCUCGGGCCGAACUUCGAUGUAUUCAAGAGCAAUUUGGAGAGACUCAAGUCGACCACUUUGCUGAUGUUGCAUGUUAUCAUGUACGCGGGGGAGCUUCGCAAGAGGAAAGUAAAAACCACUCUGACUGACCAAAGAAAUCUGAUUCAAACACUUCUCGAAGAGAAAAAAGCGAACAAUGCCAAAUUCAAUCAGCUCAGCUCUAUCCAAGCAUUCAGUGUUUAUAAUGGUGAUGGGUCUCGUCAGGAGUCAUCCAGAAGCUUGACUGACAAACAGCCGCCCCUUCUUUCAGUGGAGCUAAGAGAGUAUCACACUCUCGUUCAGAGGCUAUUCUAUGAGAUCGACGCAUGCCAACAUAGCCUGGAACAGAACCGACAUCUCAGAAUCCGGAAUGGUCUUGUGAAUGUACAUUCAGCGGAAGCUGUUCUAUUCCAACAUACUCAUGGUCAUGCUUCGACCCAGAUAUUUGAUGACCCGUUCUUCAAAUUUAGGGACGCGUAUUCCCCGGAUGCCGUCACCAAUCAAAGACAAUCAAUACCUAUUCGUAAAGGCCAAAAUGCUUAUUCCAGACAUCGUGAAUCAGAUUAUGUCUUUCGCCGUUAUGAGGACGAAGAGGACCCGUACCAUCGCCACCAUCGAGUCCACGAGUACGACUACAUUUCACCGCGUAAGCUGGACCUUGAUAGUUCCAUCUCUCAGGCUGGUAGUCGUGGCGGCAAUCGGGACCAGGAUUACAGCAGCGAUGAUAGUAUGGUCUACAUCCGGAAGGAUACCCGCGAUUAUGAUGACCAACCUCACCAUCGUCGACACCUGGCAGAGGGUGCAUUGGUGGGUGCUAGCGCGGCUGAAUUGUUCCGCAGCCACAGCAAAAAGGAUGGCGAAUUCAGCCAUAGCGCCAGCCGUAUUGGUAAAACUGUUGGUGCCGGUGCUCUUGGUGUAGUCGCUGUGAAUGCUGCAUCACAUGCUCGCGACUACUACCGCCGUAGCAAGAGCCGCCACCGUUCUCAUUCCUUUGAAGAUGACCGUUCUUCUCAUCGCUACAGCAGACAUGGCCGGAGACGUCACAGCCGCAGCCGUAGCCGCUCUCUCUCGCACUCGCGUGCGAAGACUCUCCUCGAGCUGGGUGUCGGCGCCGCGGCCGUGGCUGCUGGCGUGGCUGCAUUGCGCAGCAAGUCAAAGGCUGGAGAUCGCCAGAGCCGGUCUCGCAGUCGCGCUCGUUCUCGUGAUUUUAGCCGGGGUCGCUCGGGGAGGAAUGGAGAGAAGGAUGACUCGGCUCGCAGCAUGUCUGAGCGUCGCAAGCACAUGGCUGGCGCUGGAUUGACCCUUGCGGCUGUUACUGACCUGGUUAAAGAGGUCCGCAGCCACUCACGUUCUCGUUCUCGUGAACGGUCUCCCUCCAAAAGUCGAUUCAGACAGGCUCUUCCAAUCGUGGGUGCCGGACUUCCCACUGCUGCUGCCGUCGGCCUACCCCGCCCACGCAUGAGCGCUCAAUUCCAGUCUUUACAGUCUUUACUGAGUCGCGACAUGGACAGCAUCCCCGCUGAGCACUACUACGGGCAGCCCGUCAGCCCCGACGCGCCCUAUGACGCACCAAAAAUCUACGGCAGACACUCCCAGCACAAAGACCGCAAGAAGUCUGAGGAGCGCAUAUGGUCCAGUGAAAAUGAGAGAAAAGAAAAAGUGAGCCGUAAGCGGUUCCGAUCUUGUUCUGAUAAUGAUGAUGCGUCCCGAGGUCGCUCUCGCACUCGCUUCAAUGAAAAUUUGCUCGGACAUGCUGUGUCUGAUACAGGGAAGACCUCAGGACGAGAUGGACAACCGGAAGAGGGCUCGAGUCAUAAGUGUCGCCGAAUGAAGUCUCCUAACCGUGAAUUGAGAACAAGCGCAGAACAUGACAAGGCCAACUUCGAUGCCACCCUGGCACCCCGGUCUGCAAAGAAAGACCCAUCACUGCCAAUAGAGGAGACGUUGGAAAGCUUAGUUUUACAAUGGACGAAUUUGACACGAGAAGAGAUGCAGAUUGAAUAG